AUGUCACCCUUGCCCAGGCCUGCUGCCGCUUACUACCUGAUCCCAAAUCUUCAAACCAUAGUCACCAGAGAAGAAUCUCACCCUGGGAACAAACACAUCCCGCUGCAGGCGGACGAUAGCUUUUACAGGAGAUGUUGUGCUUCACCGGAGCAGGAGAUAUUGUCAUCGUCGUCGAUCCUCGUCUACCACGCCCUUGAUGGACGCCCGCAUCUGGCACUCUGGCUGCCCCUCGAUCAUAGGGAACUUAACAACGCGUGGAGGCAAGCAUCUUAUCGCAUUAGCAAGACAGAAAAUUUGAAAAAACAACAAAACGAUGUGCACAUCGUUCAACGACGUACCCUAGGUGAUAUCACGAACGCUCGUCAACCUACUACUGCGAUAGCAGAUGAGUUGAUUGAGACCAAAGAGAAUCUGCAUAGAACGGAAGAAGAUCGCAAAAGAGACCAUAGAAACGCGCUGAGGAGAGCAUCUUAUCAGCGGAAAAAGGAUCGGGAUCUGCAAGAAGAGAAUUUCCGGGCCCUUAAUUUAUCUGACAACCCAUAUAGCUCCGACUAUAUAACAUUGGUGAAUAAUGAAACAGUUUUCACUGCUACAACUACGGUCACAUCUGGUCUGGUUUAUGACAAUACUUUUAAAGCAGACGAUCACUUCAAUGUUCUUGAAGAAAUCAGUCAAUUGAUCGAGGAAGAGCGGAAGAGAGAUCAUAGAAAUGCACUGAGAAGAGCUUCUUAUCGGAGGAAAAAGGAUCAGCUGGCAGCAAAUGGAAAUAAAAACCCGCUGUCUACAUCAGGCAGUGAACCUCCAAAUGAUGCAUUAGAUGGGGCAACAGUGGUAAAAGACUACGCUGAGACAACAAAGGAGCAGUUCAACACACAAAGGCGUGGUGCUUAUCGGAAAAAAAGGACCAGGAUACUGUGUUGUUGCAAGAGGUUCAUCAGCCCUCCUUGACAAAUUCUGAUAUAAUGUCAGAUCUUCUAAUGACCUGGAACAUGGAUUCAAAAUUUUGUGUAACGGCAAGUGAUAAUUUUCUGGUUUUUUACUGCUGCACAUGUGAGAUGUGCCUGUCAAAAAAUCCUAUCUGUAUCUGAAGAUGAAUGGAUGGAUAUUGAGAAUGGGUAAUUACAAAAAAUCUAGACAUCUGAUGUCAUGGAGUAUGACACUGACUUUUCUUCUUUCAACACGGAAAUAUAGAGCAGAUGUAACCAAUUAUUUUAGAUGUAAAAAUUAUCACCAUUCAUCUCCGCACUCCCAUGUAAGUGUAAGGUAUUCUAGGGGGAAAUACCAUCGGGGUGGUACUGGCAAAAACGAAUGAAAGACUUCAGCAUAGUGGUGCUAGAGCUAGGAAAUACAACUGUUCUCUUCAGUAUCCCUUGUUUUCAGAUAAAAAGAAAGUUUGGAAGUAGAGCUCUGCUGAUAGAAUUAUUAUAAUUAAUCAGAAACUGGUUCAUUAAUGACAUUGAAGGUAGGCUAUGAAAUACUUUAUUAGAUCAAUGAGAUGUACUCAGCCAUGAAUACCAGCAAUUUGCUGAUGAAACUGGUAGAGAUGAUUUGCUAUGUUAUACUUACACCAAAGUAUCCAGGCAAUCAAGAUAUGUGCUUUGUUGUAUCCGACUUUAAUGGGCAAUAUGGGCAUGAAGGAGUUGGCAACUUCUGUGGCACCGAACAGUCCGCCUACGAUAUCA